UGCUGUCCUUUUCUCCUUUGCCUCUGUUUCUUCUCGUCCUGCUCUUGCAGUUCACUCGGAUCUCCCACGACCACGAGUCCAAGAAUUCCGAGCCCAAGAACCAACAACCAGUCCACCCCGACCUAGAAGCCAUGGCCUCGUGCCUCUCACCCCGCCCCGCGAUUGGCCCACUCCCCUGAUGCCAGUCCCGGCGAUCGACAUGGACAGCGUGGCGAACGGCGGCGUCGAGUCGUCCGCCGAGCCUCAGGCGCCGGCGCCGGCGCCGGAAGCGGAGGAGGAGGCUGUUCCGAAGAGCUCUCCAGCGGCGGCGGCGACCAAGGGCCGCGGGCUCCGCCGGUGGCGCCGUAUCCGGCGGGAACAGCAGAGGGAGGCCUACGCCGCCGGUGGUAGUGGUGUCGGCGGCGGCGGGGCGGAUGAGGACUCGGCUCAGCUCCACAAGCGCCGGCUCCCUCUCGCCGCCGACGCGCCGAAGGGGAAGCACGAAGCAGCCCUCGUCAAGGAGGAGAACUCCACCGCCUCCGUCGAGUCCCCCUUCGUCCCGCCGGCGCUGCCAGCGAAGCUGGACCCGGGCCUUGGCUUCCUCAUCGCGUCCGCCGGGUUCUCAUUCGGCGCGGGCGGCGCCGACUCCGAUAGCAGCGAGCACCGGAGCAGCAAGUCCUCCACCGCCGCGAGCGCCCCGCGCGUGUUCCCGCGCCACGAACACGCCUUGCUCUUCCCACGGGAGCGAGACAGGCUGCGCUCCCGCGCCCCUGGCGCCUCUCUGCACGGCAAGAACCCCCGCGCCGCACGCUCGCGCGCCGACAAGGCCAGGGUUUACGCCGCCGCCGCUUCUACCGAGGCCGAAAACUCGCGGUCCAGCGUGGAGUCUGACCUCCGCAGCUCCAACGCCAUGAACGGCCGGCGAUUGGAUGCCGGCGUUACCGGCAAUGGCGUUCACAAGGUCCUUUCUGAUUACUGUGACCAUAGUGAUGAGGGGCAGCCAAGCGAGGAGGUGCGACUGACGGCCGGAGGUUACUACAAAGUGAACGGCAGUAGUGCGGUGGGGAGAUUGGUCCGGAGAAGUGCUGGUUCUGAUGAUGGUGCCGAGGACACAUUGGAUGAGGGGGAUAAUGGGAAGGGACAGAAUGGAGGGAUGCAUUUGUGCGAUGAUCCUUAUGCCGAAUCAAUUUUGAUACUUCAGAGGACGCAGGAAGCACUUGAGAAUGAGAUAGAAAAAUAUUUGGCAAUCGGGAAAGAGCCAAGUGAUGAUUUUGAUGUCCAUGAUGAUGAAUGGACUGGCUCGGUCCAUCUCGAGGAACCUACUGAAGAAGUAAGUGAAAGGAUAAAGCAUCCUGAGUCCAGGUUGGAAAAGGCAUCAGAACUGAUCAAGGAGAAGGAUUUAAGAAUAUUUGAACUCAAAUCUCUCGGUUGGAUGCAACCAGGAAAAACUGCAAUAGAGAGUACCAACCUGCAGUUGUCGCAGUCUGAUCUUGAUCGAUUGUACCAGGAGAAGAUGGAAGCAGAAAUUCAGUGCAUCAUCCUGACAAGAACUUAUCAAACCUGGGCACCUCUGGCUGAGGAUCAAAUGGAUCUAUAUGAAGCACAAAAGUCUCUAUCCCUGGACUACAAGCAGCUCAGGCUUAAACUACAACACACUGAGAACAGGGCAAUGAUGUUAGAAGAGAUGGCGGAGAAGCUACAGGUGCAGUGCAAAGAGCUGUCCGGGAGUUCAGAAAUCCUGCAGCUGCAAUCUAAAGCAAGUAGGGUUUCGCUCUUUUGUUUCGUUCAGUUUACACUGUUGUGUAUUGCUAUAGGAACCUAUCUUAUGCGGCUUGUGCCCUCUUCCACUGAGGUUGUACCUACUUGAGCUUAUAGGAGAAUACAUGUCGGGAAACCCUUGUGUAAACAAACCUGGAAAAGUCGUCUUGUAAUUUAUCGUGUUAGGGCAUGACUUGCCUCAUAAAAUUAUCUGUAACAUCAAGUCCUCUUUCGGAUUGCUUGUUCACUA